AUGAUAUUUAUUGAGAUAUUAAUAAAAAAGAAAAGAACAUAAGUGAACUUGUAUCGCUUGAUCUUAUAAAUAUAUAUUUUGUGGUGUUAACAUAUAUAAUUUAAAAAUUAUCAAAGAUAAACGCUUACUGAUUUGAAUUUUAGUAUAUCACACAAAGGAAGCGAUAGUGAGGAAUCGAAGCAACAAAAGAUAACACACAAAGUCAAUGUUAAUAAAAAUACCUAAAUGAGAUAAAAAUAACUAUCAGUUGUAUAAGUGUUAUAAAUUGUGCCGCGCUCCUACCAGACUGUAUUAUUAAUCAACGGUUGUGGAUGUGAAAUCGGCAAGAUGUUUAUUAUUUUGUCAAUUUUCGUGACAUUAGUUUUUGUGCUUUAUGUUUAUGGAACAAGGAAUUUUAACUAUUGGAAGAAGAAAGGGAUCAAACAUGACAAGCCAUACCCGUUUGUGGGAAAUGCGUUCAAUCAAUUGGUUUUCAAGGAUACAAUAACGGACUUUUUUGUUGACAUCUACAGAAGGUAUCCUGAAGAGAGAUUCGUCGGAGUGUAUAUGUCAAAUGAUCCUAUUUUAAUAGUAAGAGAUCCUAAGGAUGUUCAACGCGUAUUGAUAUCCGAUUUCCACAAUUUCUAUCCAAGAGGCGUGCUAAAACACCAAGAUGAACCGGAUCCACUUGUCAAACAUUUAUUCGCCCUCGAUGGUGAUUUAUGGAAACUACUCAGACAACGCAUGACACCCGCAUUUACCACAGGUAAACUCAGGGCAAUGUUUCCUUUGAUCAUUGAAAGAGCCGAGAAGUUACAAUUGCUUCUAGCUGAUUCUGCUCGAAAAAAUGAAGAAAUCGAUGUAAAGGAUUUUCUAGCGAGGUAUGCCACAGAUUUCAUUGGUGCUUGUGGAUUUGGAAUCAAUAUGGAUGCACUGCAAGACAAAAAUUCAAUUUUCCGUAAACUGGGACUCAGAAUAUUCAAAGCAAAUUUUUUUGAUAUUGUAAGGAAUACAUUGAAAUUAUUAUUUCCCAAACUUACGAAGUAUGUGGCAACGGUACCACCAGAUGUUACAAAAAUGACUACGCAUUUGGUAUCAACAAUUAUGGCGGAACGGAAUUAUGAACCUUCGGGCAGAAAUGACUUCAUAGAUCUUCUGUUAGAAGUUAAAAAGAAAGGGAAAAUGAUAGGAGAGUCUCUAGAAAAGAAGAACCCUGAUGGAUCUCCUGUAAUAGUGGAACAAGAGUUAGACGAUUUGCUUAUAGCUGCCCAAGUGUUUGUGUUCUUUGCAGCUGGUUUUGAAACUUCUUCAUCUACUUCUAGUUUCACUUUACAUCAGUUAGCCUUCCACCCAGAAAAUCAAGAGAAAUGUCAAAAGGAAAUUGAUGAAGUAUUGAAAAGAUACGACGACAAACUUUCUUACGACGCUAUCAAAGAAAUGAAAUAUUUGAAACAAUGUUUCUUUGAAAGUAUGCGAAUAUUCCCGUCUGUUGGUGUCCUGAUAAGAAAAUCUGCAUCAAAAUACACCUUUCCUGAUUCCGAUCUGACGAUAGACGAAAAUAUUCAAGUGAUGGUAAUUAAUCAAGCAAUGCAAUUGGACGAAAGAUUCUUCGAUGAGCCAGAGAAAUUUAUCCCUGAAAGAUUUGACCCCGAAAAUGCAAAUAACAUACCUAAUCACGUAUUUUUACCCUUUGGAGAAGGACCCAGGGCAUGCAUAGGUGAACGCUUAGGACUUAUGCAGGCACUGGCCGGCUUGGCUGUGAUACUUAGUAAAUUCUCAGUGGCACCAUCUAAAAGCUCGAGAAGGCAACACAUCGGCGAUCCAUACGCCGGGUUAGUUCAAUCCGUGAAAGGUGGCGUACCCCUACUACUCAGCGAGAGGAAGUAGACGAACUGACAGAUUUCAGAAGAUAAACCAUUUUACUGGUGUACUGUUUAUGUUAAACUGGUGUUGAAUUGCUGAGUGAUUUAAAGGAUAUUACCAAAGCAUUUAUGUUUAGUUCUCUGUAGACUGCUUUUAAAAGGCUUAUUUUUAUUU